AUGGUCCUCCUUCACUCAGCGAUCGUAUCAUACCUUAUCGCCAUAUUGAUAACUAUCAAUUUCGUCUCCGCUGAUAAUCUCUUCAUUGGAUGUGGAGAUGAGUUGAACGAAGUUGAAUUGACUUUCCAAGUCCAUCGACCAGAUUUCUGUUAUAACAUCUGUAAACAACGUUCGUACACUUAUUACACCCAUAAACCCAACAUGGAUUGUGUAUGUUACAAGUAUCCUCCACCUGCUGCUGAGUAUAUGCCUGGUGGACCGGGUAAAUGUAAUGGUCAAAUGCAGUAUAACCUUAUCAAAUCCAAUUGGAAUUUCCUUCGAUGUUAUUCUGCACCUCCUCAAGGCAUGACUCAAACUCCAACAGAUUCAUUCAAGGCGUGUUUGGAUAGAUGUAAACCUAAUGAAAUUGCAAUCGCUAGACCCACCGAGAUUUACCCUGGUCAGACCAAUUGUAUUUGCACUUUGGCAACCAAGUUGGAAGGGUUGACAGAAGUACAAUGUGAUUAUAACAAGUAUUAUGUGUACAAACAUACUCCCAAUACGAGACGAGAUUCAAUAGUUAUCGCUAUUGCCGAGAGACGAGCUGAUCAAGAUGACGAUGCUGCUUGA